GUUAGCAAGAUGCUAUCUGAAUUAUAUCACACCUUUUGUGCAGAAAAUGAAAUUAUACCCAAUAACUACAUUUCGGCCGUUUUGGAGGAAACGCCAAAGACAGAGAAAUAUGUUCUGAAACUUGCAGGAAAUGACACACUAAAACCUGCUGAAAGACUUCAUGACCGAGAUGCUCUAGCUCUCUCAAAAUGUCUGCUGAACACUAAAGAUGUGACAGGUCUAGAUCUGAGCUACAAUUUCAUUAGAGAUGAUGGCAUAAAACACUUGACUGAGCUCCUUCAGGUUAAUUAUCAAUUGUUGCGCUCUCUGGAUCUCACUUUCAAUGAGUUGGAGGACGAUGGAGCAGGAAUCCUCUCCCAUUGCCUCCAGUCAAAUACAACAUUACUGUCCCUCACUCUGUCGGGGAAUAAAGUGAAAAAUACAGGAGCAAUGAGUUUGGCUGGUCUCCUGCAGGUCAACAACACUCUCCAAGUCCUGCGCCUGGCCAACUGUGACAUGAAAACUGAGAGUGUCAUUGCUUUUGCCAUCGCGUUGACAACCAACCAGACACUGCGCUGCCUCGAUAUCAGUCGCUCUCUGACAUUUGGACCUGAGGAGGAAUGGCAUUGGGCAUUGCACUUCGCUCAUAUGCUGGCUCUGAACCAGAGCCUUGUGGAGCUGCAUUUAGGGACCAUGGGAAUAAUGACGUGUGGAAUUGAGAGACUGAGCAAAGGACUUCUCUUCAACUACACCUUAAAAUACCUCAAUCUGCACAGUAACAGGAUCACUCGGGACGACGUGCAGCCACUGGUCAACGUUUUGAUGAAGGAGAAUUGCGUUCUGGAGGUGCUCGAUCUCUCGUCCAAUCAGAUCCAAGACGAGGGUGCUGUACUUCUGAGUCAGGCUUUAACUUCUCCAAACUGUUCCCUCAGAGAGCUGUCUCUUUGCAGUAACAACAUCGACUGUGAAGGUUUGCUCGCUUUGGCCAACGCUCUGAAUCUGAACUCCACUUUAACUCACCUUUACAUCUGGGGCAACCACUUUAAGGAGAGUGUCUGCAAGGCUUUCAGAGACCUGCUGGACAGCGGCCGUCUGGACCCGGACCACACAGACGUCAGAGCUUAUGAAGUGGACGGUCAUGUUUAUCUCUCUUGGGUUUUUCAGACUUUGAGAAAACGAUUUUAUGAACCUGAAAACAACUUCAGCGUCGAAACAGGGGCCAGGCAAGAGCAGCCCACAAACAGAAUCGCUACAAAAGGAAUGAAGUUCUAUGUGUAAAGAUUUCCCUUUAUCCUACAUUUUUUUACAUUAUAAAACUAGUUCCUCUUCAAGAUUGUAUUUAUGACAACCCUGAUUUUGUCCUAAAGUUUUUAUAUGAUUUAUGUUUAAAAUGUAAAAUGAUUAAUUAUGGCAAGUAAUGUUGCUCAUUUUCUGUUUUAGCACUAGCAGCAUCUAGUGGUGACAAGUGAGACUGCAGUUUCUCAUUCAGCAAGUCAUUA